GUGACCCGAUUGUGUGAGCACAUCCAGAGCAAAGGCUUCGAUCAUGAGGGUAUUUUCCGCAUCAAUGGAAGUGCCCGUAUCGUGGAGAAGCUUCGCGCAAGUUUUGAUACUCAUGGAAACGCUGACCUGGAGGAGGACAAUGACAUCAUGGCCAUCGCAGGCCUGCUGAAGCUGUUCCUCCGCGAGUUCCCAGACCCUGUUAUACCCUCCUCACUUACCAAGCAGUUUGUCAGCAUACAGGAAGCUUGUAUGAACGACACCUCUGCCUGCAUCUACAAAUUGAAGAUGGCCGUCAUAAACUUGCCCAAGGACAACUACAAUCUUCUGAAGUACCUGACGAGUUUCCUGGUGGUGGUGGCCUCCCACGAGAGACAAAACAAGAUGAGUCCCAUGGCCUUGGCUAUUGUGUUCGGGCCUAAUCUAUUUAA